AUGGCGAGCGGGCGCUACCUGUCGGUGGAGGAGCAAGGGCAGCCCCUCGCGCUGAAGCCGUUCCUCAAGGUGGUGGAGGAGGUCAACCGCACCUACCAUCAGCCGCUGCCCCAGCUCACCUUCCACCUCCUCGACACCAACCACGACGGCAAAGUGGACCCGUUCGAGUUGAUCUACGGGGUGUCGGUACUGUGCGAAGGGUCGGAGCAGGACAAGGCCGAGCUGGUGUUCAAGGCCAUAGACCUCGAUAACAACGGACGCAUCUCCAAGGCCGAGCUCCUGAGCUACGUGGGUGCGUUCGUGUCGUGUGCGACUGUGCGCUGGCCGACGGCUGAUGGUAGGACGAUGGGCAAAAGAGAUCACGUUGACGGUGGCGGAGAAGAUCGCGAAGGAGCACAUCAAGCGGGGCAAGCUGGCCACAAGAAGGAGCUCCUCAACAUUGCAGCCAACUACAAGAAGUCCCUCCUAGAGUCAAGCCUAGAUGAGGUGUUGAGGCUGACACCAACCAGCAUAGACCUGGAAGAGUGGAAGGCAGGGGCGGUCAACAACGUCGCCAUUAAGAGUAUGAUCAACCCGUCCAGGAGCGUGUAUGCCAUUCAGGAGACCGUCAAUCGGGGCUCUGGGAUUCACCCUCGUCCCUCGUGA